AUGAGUAGCAGUGGUUAUACUCCUAACACAGGUGUUACAGCACCCAUCGACCCAGGUUGGAAUGACCCUCCUAAAUUAUCUUAUAAUCCAGGAACAACACCGAAUAAACCGCGUAAUAUUCUUAACAAAAGGGUGGCGUUUCCCUUAUCGAGCGCCACGUCUAACCCUGUCGUGAUGCCUCCUGUGAAUAUACCGCCAAUGCCCGCGGGCUUCCCUCCUGCACCUCCGGUCCAGGUACCGAGCAUACUGCCUCAAGAAAUAAAUGUAGACAGUGAAAGUACUCUCCAGGAGGUGAAACAAAUAUUGUUAGAAUUCUUAGACAACAGCAGUGAGCUUGGUCCCAAAGCAAAUGACAUUAGACGGAGGAUAGGAGUCAUGGAGGAAAUGUGGAGCAGUGGCAAAUUGGACAGCAGGAUAUAUGUGCAAAUGAAGGAUUUGGCACACGCACUGAAGGAUGAUAAUCCAAGCAAAGCAGAUGACAUCCACAGGGCUCUGAUGGUGGACCAUGUCAGUGCUGUGGGCACUUGGAUGCCUGGCAUCAAACAACUCAUACACAACUGUAUAGCUCGAUCAGAACUGCUAUCUAUUGAUAAGGAAUAA